AACGAUAAUGAAGAUGACGACCGCGGUCGACGUGGAAAUGGCUUUAAAAGUAACGGAGGUUUUGGCAAUAAGAAUGCGUCCGGCUUCGGAGGAGGCGACGAUUAUUCGAAAGGAGGAGACCAACAAGGCGUGAGAGAAUUCUAUUCCAGCGGAUCCAAGCAAGAACGCGCACCAAAAGAUUGGUCCCCUGAGAACACCGCGAUUGAAAAGCUUUUCGAACGUGACGCUAUCAAUGCGGCUCAUUUUGAAAACGAACGGGAUGAAUCCGUGCAAAUAAUUGGCGAAGAUAACAAUGUUGAAAUCAGCUCGUGGGAAAACAGCGGUCUGCAUCCAGACUUAAUCAAAAUUUGUACUGAAAAAUGCCAUUACAAAUUUGUUCGUCCAAUUCAAGCUGCAGCUAUUCCAUUGAUCCUAAGUGGUCGUGACGUAAUGGGACUAGCAGAAACUGGUGGAGGUAAAACUGCGGCGUUUGUGCUACCGAUCCUUCACCAGAUCAUGAACAUGGGCAGUGACGCUCUGUCGUCCUUGAAAAGUGGACAAAUCCUUGCUUUGGUCGUAGCACCCACACGUGAAUUGGCCAGGCAAUUGUACGACUCUUUCCGGAAACACGCUUUCGGGACCGAAGUCAAUUGUUGCGUUUCAUAUGGUGAGCUUCCUCGUUUCAAAAGCCUCAGUGAGAUUCACAAAGGUUGCCAUGUUCUUGUUGGCACAAGUGGACGUUUGAUGGAUUUUGUUAAAAGAUCAGAUAUUAAUGUGGAACGGCUCCGAUUUUUGGUGUUGGAUGAGGCAGAUAUGCUCCUCGAAAGUGGUCGCGAGAACCAUCUCACCGCGAUCCUGUCGGAUCCAAGCUUUCCCAAGCCAGAAUCCCGCCAAACGCUUCUGUUCAGCGCUACUUUCCCUGCUGAUGUUGAACGGCUUGCCGGGAAAGUUCUGAGGAAGAAAUAUGUCACAGUUCGAACUAGUCAACGUGGUAAGGCCAAUGUACGUGUGACGCAAAAGUUCGUACAAGCUGAAGGAGUCAGUGGGAAGAACGAAACGUUGUUCGAUAUUCUGGAAAAACAGAAGGGCAAAGUCGCAGAUGUUCGAACUAGUCAACGUGGUAAGGCCAAUGUACGUGUGACGCAAAAGUUCGUACAAGCUGAAGGAGUCAGUGGGAAGAACGAAACGUUGUUCGAUAUUCUGGAAAAACAGAAGGGCAAAGUCGCAGAUGAUGGAUCUCCUAUGAGAACGCUGGUUUUCGUCGAAACCAAGAAACGAGCGGAUUUCCUAGCGCUCGCGCUCAGUGAGAAGGGAGUUCUAGCUGCUAGCAUAAAUGGUGACCGCCCUCAAAACGAACGCGAGCGAGUAGUUGGAGAGCUACGGGAAGGAACUCUACAUGUACUCGUUGGUACCGAUGUCUGUCAGCGAGGUCUGGAUAUUGGUGGACUGGACCAUGUAAUUAAUUACGACAUGCCCACCGGUACACCUGAAGAGGCUCGUGACAAGUACAUACAUCGUAUCGGACGAACUGGUCGUCUUCAUGGAGGCGUAGCGACCACGUUCGUCGAUUCUCGUGCAUCCAGUGAUGUGGAUUUGAUCAAACUGAUGGUGCAAGUCGCCAAAGAAACUGACCAGGAGAUUCCUGAUUGGCUCGAUCAAAUGUGCAACCGGGAUAGCUUUGCUCGUGCUGGAUUUGACUCGAGGUCUACUUUCGGUGCAAAAGUUCUGGAUUCGGUGCCACUGGCUUUGGAUCCGGAGGAUUUGGAGCUGGGGGAUUCAAAGACGGUCGCCAAAGAAACUGACCAGGAGAUUCCUGAGUGGCUCGAUCAAAUGUGCAACCGGGAUAGCUUUGCUCGUGCUGGAUUUGACUCGAGGUCUACUUUCGGUGCAAAAGGUUUUGGUUCGAGUUCUGGAUUCGGUGCCACUGGCUUUGGAUCCGGAGGCAGUGGAGGAUUUGGAACUGGAGGAUUCAAAGACGCGGCAAAAUCAGACAAACAAGGCAACGAAGAUGCGAAGGAGGAUAAAGAGCUUGGCUCCGCUUCGUUUGGAGAUGGUGGUUUUGGAAAUAACAAUACCACCGGUUAUAGGCAAAACGAGUGUUGUUGA